AUGCAAUUUAUUAAAGGUGUCAUAGCUCCAGCUACUACUCAGGGAAAUUUGAGUGCGUCUGUUAAUACAGUCAAUGAUAAUUUUGAUGUAGAUGGCUUGAAUGAUGUUUCGUCACCAAUUUCUUCUUUAGGGCAGGAUGAUAUUACGACACAACAAAUGUGUUCCAAUUCCAAUGAUAUCUAUUCUCAACCUCGACCUACUUCAAAAACUGACACUUUCGCAAAUCCCCAAAAAUCCACACGAAAAAGGAGAGCAACAGAGCAGUCCGAAAUCGACAGAUACUUAGAAAUAGAAAAGCAAAAAAUCGAGUUGCUCAGAAGUGAUCAAAAUAAAAGUUCGGAACCCACACAAAAUCCGGAUUAUCAUUUUUUAAUGAGCUUGUUACCAUAUUUUGGCGAAUUUGAAGGAAUAGAAAAACUUGGGGUGAGAGCGAGUAUCCAAAAUGUGAUUAUGGAGGCUCUUAAACGCAAGAAACAGAAUCUCCCUUUGAACCACGUCCAUCCAGUAUAUUCCAUUAAUGUACCAAUCAGUACCAAUGAUAUGACAAACCACUCAAUAGUAGAGUCAGUAGAAAACUCCCAAGAUUCAACGACCUACUUAUUCCAGUCCUUCGAUGAAUGA